GCUCCGCGAGAGCCACUAACUCUCUGCCUCCGCCUCCCCUCGGUCACGUGGCCUGAGGGGCCUCUCACCCCGCCAGCCUGCAGGGCGGCCACAGGUAUCCGUCGCGGAGGCAGAGGAGCGGCUCUUGGGGCUGAGGCAGCGUGAAGAGCCCUAGGGUUUAGGAGUGGGGUCAGGGAUCGGUGCCGGGGAGAGGAGCUCCCGAGGAUCUGAAACACAGCGAAUGAGGUGUAGGGAAAGGCCCGAGGGUGCAGGGGCUGCAGCAUGAGUGUGGACUGUAUGAUGGAUACGAAUCUUCAAAAGGAUGAUCUCACAGGAACAAUUAAGUUCAUACCUCCCCUGUACAAACAACGUUACCAAUUCAUUAAAGAUUUAGUGAUUAAAUACAAACCUAAGAAGGUUGCAGACUUGGGAUGUGCUGACUGUACAUUACUCUGGAUGCUGAAAUUCUGCAAAUGCAUUGAGGUGCUAGCUGGGCUAGAUAUCAGGGAGAAUGUGAUGAAGGAGAAAAUGCAUAGGUUGUCUCCCCUUCCUGCUGAUUAUCUGCAACCAAGUGAAAGAUCUCUAACUGUGACCCUGCAUCAUGGCUCAGUUGCUCAUAAAGAUCCUUGCAUGCUUGGUUUUGACUUGGUAACGUGCAUUGAAUUAAUAGAGCACCUGGAAGCAGCGGAACUGGAAAAGUUUCCAGAAGUGGUAUUUGGUUUUAUGGCUCCAGCCAUGGUUGUAAUCAGCACUCCAAACUCAGAAUUUAACCCUUUGCUCCCAGGAGUGACACUGUUCAGACAUUCAGACCAUAAAUUUGAAUGGGACCGAGCACAAUUUCAAAGUUGGGCAGUAGCUGCAGCUACUAGCUAUGAUUAUACAGUGGAAUUUACUGGACUUGGGACCUCACCACCUGGAACUGAGGAUGUUGGGUUUUGUACCCAAAUAGGUGUGUUUGUGAGAAAAUAUCCAAAGAAUGGUGAAACUGUUAACUCUGAGAAACACACGGAACAUGCUUACAAAACUGUUUUCAAGGCAGUGUACCCAAGUCUUAAAGAUGAAAAGUACCUACAGAAUGCAGUGGUCAGUGAAGUUCUUUUCGGAGCAGACAUCAUUAAAAGACGACUACUGGGCAAUUUCAAGUCUGAGUGGAAGGAUCAUAGAGAUGGCCUUGAGACAAAAUUCAAAUUCCAGCCAUUUAAAUAUUUCAUGAGGCGUUCAAAGAACCUUCCUCUAGCUGAAACUGAAAAACUUGCUGCUGAUAGAAGCACGGAGCCAUUCAUUGAUGGAAACACAGUUUAUAUACCUCUGGCAAAAAUCUUUUCUAUUCCCAAAGUGAAUCAACUUUGUGGCACCUUUGAGAAGUUAAGCAAGCUUAUUGCUGGCAAAGUAGCACUGAGCAAUGAUGGUUCUGCUGUGAUAGUCACUAUCGAAUAUGAAAAUGAAGAACAAGAGAAUUAGAAAACACUUCAAACUGUGGUGACAAAGAAAACCUUGUUAGUAGAUUCAUGCCGAUGUUAUUUCUAUAUAGUGACUAGUUACCGCACUCACUUAUAAUAUUUUUUUAGUUUUAAAUAUUUCCAGCGGGACCUAGAAUUUUUGCUUGUUAAAGGCAGCACCUUUAAGGAUUAUAGGGCAGAUUUUCAAAGGCACAAAAGGGAGCAGUUAGGCAUCCAACUGCCAUUGAAGGGCAAUAGUUUAUUUAGCCAUGUUUUGUUUGCUUUCCCCUUAUUUAUCUCUCAAGUAUCAUAAUUACACUCUUUUAGGUAUGUUGGGAGUAUAUAUACAGAUUUCACUAGCUGUAACUGAGUCCCCGGAGACUAGUCAUGUGAAUGGUAGUGUAGUAGAGCACUACGGCUUCACCACCUAUCUAGCUAUAGGUUUCACAUAUUGAUUCUAAUGCUAAAACCUAGACAACAGUUAUAAUUAUAGCAUAUGUCGCUAUAAAACAAGCUGUUGGGUAAGGAGGACCAAAAUGUUAAUAUUUUUGGUAAAAUUUACCUACAUUUUUUUUGUUUGUAAGUUACAUUUUUUUUUUGGUUCAAAGGGUGAAUGUGAAGACAGAAAUGGAAAUUCAGAAAGCCUAUCUUAUUGAUCACUGUAUAGUGUAGCUGGAAGAGAAAUAAAAGCAGCAGGUAGAAGACAUGUAGCAGGAUGGGAGGGGGGAGAGAGGAGGGGGAAAAGCAUAAAUUUGGACUAAUACAGAAGUAAAAAUAUUCCUGUAGAAUCAGCCACUAAUGGAGAGAUGGGCAUAGCCAUUGUACCAGUUCUUAUAUGUUUUCUUUCUCCUUCCCUUUUUUGGUCAUCUUAUUGUAGCAGCACUGAUCCCAUGGACAUAACUUGAUGGAAACAUAGGGAUGUGUCCUCCUCUGUACCUGUGUAAGGCCCAUUAACGUGAGAGUCUCACAACUUUAGGUGGUGUUUAUUAAAAAAAACACUUUUCAUGGAUGUCAUUGCAACCCAGAGCACAGUUUUAGGCUUGGAGAAAGUCAAAUGCUUCUUCUAGGUUAAUGGGAAAAGUGGUACAGCUAGUUAGUUCGUGGUGGCAGGAGAAGUUCAAUGAGAAUAAUCUGAUGGGAAAGUAGUAGGCAUUAAAAUAUAAAAGUACUGUAUUUCUAAAUAAAAUGUGUUCCCACCGUUUUCUGUUAAAUA